UCUUUGACUGCACACGCGUACGAACCCUUCUCAAACCUCGUUCGUCUUGUAAUACCCACUACGACUCUAGAGCCUUCUCCUGUGUUGCAGCUGUCUUGGACACAAUAUCACCCGCUUCAGAUUGAUGGGCGGACUCGGAGAUCAUUGCGACACAACCAUCAUAGCGUGGUUUCCCGCACUCGACGUCUAUAGUGCCAGAAGCAAUCCCAUGAUCUGGGCUAAUUAUGUUACGGUUGUGGUGCCAGUCUGUUGCGGCAUUAGUGGCCUGUUGAGGCUUGCUUUUGUGUGGGGACUGAUCGCAAAUACUGUCCGUCUCACUCGAGUCCUUGCGAAUGUGGCCUCUCCAAGUUAUCCUCUUAUUGGCUUUGACGAGAGACGUGGAUGUUUCCGGUUGGUGAUGUAUGUCUAUUGCCUCUCCGCUUACGCUGGUCUCUGGAAAUUUUUAUUACGCAAUAUCAUUAGCUCACUAUCGGUCGUUUUAUACUCUGGCUGGGUGUCAACCUGGCUUAUACACGCUCUUCUCGUCAACCUUUUCAUCUCCGUGGUCUAUCUUGGCAUUGCGAUGCGCCGGCUGGCGCGACAUCGUGUCAAAUGUCCCAUGCUGCUCACUGGUUCACCCUCUGUGUUCGCCACCUCCGACUCAUGCUCAUGGCUCUCAGAGGUCGCUAGUGGUCUCAGGAUCAGGGUGAAGUCAUGCGUCCUCUUCAGCUGUUUUAAGCUUCGCCCUAUAAAACCCUGGGUUGGCUGGUUUCACGAUCACUGCCGUUUCAGUGCGAUAUGGGAGCUCCCAAACGCGAUCGUGUCUCCGGAGUCAGGGAUGAUUUACACUAUAACAUUCACUAUUUCCAUUUCCCCAGCUUUCCGACCCCUCCCUGAGUUCGGUGAAGACUCUCUUGUCUAUCACAAAAAUUUUUGGGCCUGGAUCAAGACCCACUGUGUUCCCCAAAUGGACUCUUCCAUCACAGUCGUGAGACGUAGAAACAGGACUCCACCAAGCCCUGCCAGGCCCAUUGCUUUUCGAGAUGCGAAUGCUGAAGGCCUUGUAGCCGAGAUUGUAUAGGAGGUCGGGGACCUGUCAGUAUUCACGGGAUGCUUACUUUCAAACCGAACUCAACUGUCCGCAUCGCACUCGUAAUGAUUUUUUGCUU